AUGGACUCAGUCCCGGAGGCCAAUAUGAUGGCCGACGAUCCGCCGUCCGUCGCCUUUUCGCCUCCUGUUGUGGAAACGAAGGCUGAACAGCAAGAAGCUGCUCCGCUCAUUGAAGCAAAGUCCGUGGCGAACCCGAAUGAAUCAACCUCCCCAACAACAAAUCAAACUCCACGAGUAAGCUCGUCUCUCCACUUCGACAGCAAUCAUCAGCCAUCCGAGGAAACUAUGCCUCCAAUCACCCGCACCGCUCAUAAGCGGGCCCAUCCUGAGGACCACUCCGAGGAUACCAGUGAAGCGAUUAGCGAGGAUAUCACUGAGGGUAUCCACGACGGCGCUCACGAAGACAAUCAUGAAGAACUCUCACCCCCACCUGACUCGUAUGUCGGGGAUACAUCUAGCCACGCCUCCAGCGUCCCACCGCUCUUGCAAGACGAGAUUGUGGUCGGUAGCAACGUCCACGUUGAGCCUUCGCCUAUCCGAGGAGCCGAAGUAGAGGACGUGGUGAUGGGCGAACACGAGGACAAAACGCUUAUCAUUCAGAACGCCAAGCGGAAGCGGGUCUCCGGGAUCUACGCCGAGGACAAGGAGGUCAGCCCAGCCCCCACCGAAGAAAUCGAGAUCCGGCGCCCAGCCGGCCGUCCGCCGAAGCCACAAGGGACAACAGGUGGCGGUGGCAAGGGUGUUCUGCUGGGUUACUGGCGAGACUCACAGGCCGAAAAUGACGCCGAUAAACACAGCGUAGUUGGCUUCAUUGAUGUUAGAGACCGACUCCGAACUCGCAUCCAGCCGAUCACUCGCGACGGCCGACCAAUGGACCCGCGAUGCCCGAUACCACCUGGCCCUGGAGGUAGCUGGGUCACCUUUGACAAAGUAGCCUUCGAUCCCCACCUCGUCGGCCAGAACCAUCAUGUCGUUAAGGAAUACGUUAAGAUCCGCAUCGAGGACAACCGCAAGGAUGAGACGUUGGAAGAGAGGGCCAAACAGGAUGCCGAGGCCGUUGAGCUCGCUUCCGAACGGGUGAGGACGAAUCCGCCCCCGGACGCCGCCACCGCACCUUUGAUUGCCUACGGCACUGAGAUGCCGGCCAACGCUCUGGUCCCGAACCGACCCGAAAACAAGAAACGCCGCUUGGCCGGCUCGUUUGGGGUUCCCUCAGAAUCGCCCAAAUCCUCCCAAGCAUCACUUGACAACAUCCCUGGGACUCGCCCGACCAGGAUUCUCAUCGGCUACUGGAAGCAGAGUAGCGAAGAGGACCCAGUCAACAAGCACGCCGUCUUUGGCAUCUUGGGCGCCAACGAUAUGUUCAGGGUCAAACUGACUCGCGAGACUCGGGAUGGGCGCACUGUUAUUGGCAAUUUCCCGGCCGGCGCUGGCGCACUCUGGAUUCAUUGGGAUGAAGUCGAGUUUGAGCCGCACCUGCGCAAGCUCAGCCGGAAUGAGAUCAAGGAAUACUGCCGCGUUCGCCAGCGCCAACUCGACCACGGGGAGAACCCUGCGGACCGCCAUGCGAACGAGAACCAAGCGGUCUACGAGGCCCAGAAACGUAUCGCCGUGAGCCUUGCCACAGGUAUCCCGAUCCGCAGGGACGACCCCGACCUGCUUCCCCUCGCCAUGAAAGGAACAGGCAGCGUUGGACCCGGGUCUGGCCACCCUGCCGCUUCGUUCGCCCCCGGCCGCCCUUCGGAGGAGCCCCGCCAGUCACGGCGCACUGAGAACGGCCGCCACCCGCUUCCCGAUGUCGACUUCCGCUCCGCCAACCGGACACCUACCGGCCCCGGCCCCAAUUCGGCCGCGCUCGAGCGCACCAACACCCUCGCGCGCCGCGAGAUCGCCCGUCUCGAAGCUGCACAGGCCCGAGCUGACAUGCGUGCCGCUAGUCGCGAGACCUCUCUCGGCCCCGUCGCAGCCGCCGCGGCCGCUGCUGCUGCCGGGCUAACCCCGACCGCUCACACCGUGCCCAGCCACGGAAGCCAACCCAUCCAUGGCAACACCGGCACUAACGGCACUGGCCAAGGAAAUGAAGCUCAUCAUUUCCAGAACAACGUGUCGCGGUUGAAUAAAGUCUGGGAGGCGCAGGAGGCCAACAGGUUGCGCACCCCGGGCGGCGGUGGUGACGAUGCCAAGAUUCACAUGGGUGUUAAGUACCAACGCAAGCAGAGCGGGCCAUUCCAGGGCAAGCUGGUCAGCCAGGGGAUGAUUAUCACCAUCGAUGGCGAGGACUAUGUCGAGUACCGGGUAUUGACGAAGCCGACUUUCUUCUAA